AUCAACUUGACAGCAUGUUUCGCAAAACUUCAACCUCCAAAAUUGAUACAGGAAUCGGCAAAAAGGCAAUCCGUACCGCACCGAACGGGACCCUGUCUCUUUCACGGCCAGCUUCGAGAGGUUCUUCUAAUCAGAAACAAACCGAGCGUCCGAAAAGUGCCGGUCACUGCUGCCAAAGCUCGACUCAGCAGCAGCUGCCACGCCGUCCAUGGACCUCCAGUGUAGCCGUGGAGCCAAAGAAGCUGAUUCCGAAUCAACCAAGCCGUAUACCCGGAUAUCGUCCAGCUUAUUUGCGGGCUAAGAAAUCACUUGUGUCGAACGGCAGUGGGGGAGCCCCGGAUGACGUUGAGUGUCUUCCCCAGCUAGAAGAUGAGCAUCCUCCAGCGCUGGUUCCUAGUGAACUGUCGAGACAGACAACUUUUGUGCAACAGAGAAGCGAGGAUCAACCAAAGAACACGGCAUUUAACGAAUUGAUUCCGAAAGAUUUAGACUGUGAAGGUGUUAAGAGAAAAGAAAUGCAAAAAGAGCUCGAGAAGACUGUUCAGAAACUAUAUGAACUAGAAAUAGAAAAUUUGGAACUGAAACGAUCCAUUGCUUGGAGUCAGACUGCGCUUGAGCAGCGAGAUGACCGGAUCAGGGAGCUGGAAGGAUUUAUGGUUGACGUUCGAGUCGAGCUGUUUAGACUGUGCUCGGCGCUAGAAAGUCGUGAGCUGGAGAAUGAAGAGCUGAAAAAACGACUGACCGAAGCGAAGGAUACCGAAGAAUUGAAUAGCAAAAUUUUACAACUUACCGCGGAACUCACAAGAUUGCGAGAAGAAAACGAAACUCUUCGGAAGCUGCAAAAUCAUUUUGAUACCGAUUUCAAAGAGAUUGACGAAGAGUUAAUAACUCCGGGAGAGUUACCCGAUGGAUCGGUGGAGCCAAGUUCGGAACACGGUAGACAGCAAAUCGCCAUAGACCGACUUGAACGCAAACUGAACAAAUACCGGGUGGCUCGUGCAAAGCUGAGAGAUAUGUUGGAUCUGCUGACAGAGGACAAUCAUCGGUUGAGAUCUAUUAUGUGAGUAAGGGACAUGUUUUGGGAUAGGAUCGAAGCUG